AUGGCAGAACUUAGAUCUCUUCGUAAGCGGGAACACCAGAUAGUGAAGGCUUUCGACAGCGUACAACAUUUUCUCCAGAAAUACGACCAGGAGACUGAUAGCGGGCAAGUGAACCUUCGGCUGCAUGGACUUGAGGAAGAUUUUAAGGAUUUUCUUGUGGUUCGGAGUAAGCUUGAGUUGCUGCUGGAAGAUGUUGAGGUCCAGAAACAUGCUAAAUCUGACCCAGACUUAAAGCAGGAGGCGUUGGAACAUAUGGACGAUGAAAAUGAUCGUAUUAUGCAGGAAUUUCGUGAUCGAUUCUACGCACUGAAGGCGGCGCUUGUGACUUUGCUACCACAUUUCUUACCCCCACCAACGCCACCAUCACAAAGAGGUCCCCAUUCAUCAAUUGCAGGAGAUGAUGUUUUCGGUGUGCACCCAACGCCGACAUUUUCAAAAGUGAAGCUACCUGAAAUCCGUCUACCGUCGUUCAGUGGUAAGAUCUUCGAGUGGGUAACUUUUCGCGACACCUUUCAAAGUCUCAUUCACAACAAUCCUCAGUUGAUCGACAUGGACCGUUUCACCUACUUGAGAUCAUCGUUAUCAGGAGACGCAUUGCAGGAGAUUAGUUCUGUGGGCUUGUCAGCCGUAAACUACAACGUUGCAUGGGAAAUGUUAGCGAACCGUUAUGAAAACAAGAAGUUGAUUGUGAAGGCUCAUCUCGACGCACUGUUCGCUACAGAAGGGCUCAAGAGAGAGAGCAAUGAAAAACUCAACAGUCUCAUUAGUGAGUUUGAGAAAAACCUUCAGAUGCUGGACAAGAUUGGGCAAAACACCUCCGAGUGGAGCACCAUUCUCGCAUACAUGUUGUGUUCUAAACUCGAUUCCGCCACGCUGCGUCAGUGGGAAACUCAUCACAAUUCAAAAGAUGUACCCACGUAUACUGCUAUGCUUGGCUUCUUGCGCAAUCAUUGUGAUGUACUCCAGUCAGUGGCUCCUGCUAAAUCCAACUUCGUCGAUCAUCGUUCCUCGAAACCAGCUGUCUGUCACACAGUGGUGAAAACGUCAAACAGAUGCGCAUUCUGCAGUGACUCGUGGCAUCCUGCUUUCCAGUGUUCUGCAUUUCAACGGAUGAACGUUCCAGAUCGUGUCGAGGCUGUCGCUAAACACAGACUGUGUCGAAACUGUCUGCGUCCAGGACAUUACGCAAAUUCCUGCGAGAGAGGGGUCUGCCGUCAUUGUCAACAGAAGCACCAUUCCAUGCUGCAUGGACCAACCAGAUCCUCCGUUCCACACUCGCAGCCGAAACCUCCGACACAAGACGAGCAAUCGCGACCGCCGAAGGCUAAGCAACACAAUUCGAACCAACACACACACACCACCACUGCCAGCUCGCAGCGCACAAACAACACACCUCCAGCCACCAACACGCCCACCACAAGUCAAAAUUAUGUCGCACUCCCCAUCACACCUACACACAACAUACUUCUGUCUACCGCUCUCGUUACAAUCAAAGAUCGUUUUGGUAGAGCGACGCUGGCACGAGCCCUGCUAGACUCGUGUUCCCAGCACUGUCUAAUGACUGCCAGUUUUGCGAGCAAGCUACAGUUCCGUGAGACUCCUACGUAUUUGUCGGUUCAAGGGAUUGGAUAA